CGCUGCGUCGACGUGCUGACGCCAUUGACGCUCCGGCUGGUGUGUUUCGGUGUGUGUGUGUGUGUGUGUGUGUGUGUGUGAGAGUGUGCGCGCUCCGAGUGUGUGUGUAUUUGUGUAUCGGCGGUUCCGCAGGUCCCGGAUGUUGCGGACAGUAUGAGGCGAGUGCAGGGGGACGGGGACCAGCAGCUGUCGCCGCCGCUCUCAGGGUGAAGAGGAACAGAAGUCUUUGUCCCCUGACUUUGGAAAUCUUGUUUGACCUUCAAACUGGCGAUGUCAAGGGUUCCAAGUCCUCCACCUCCGGCAGAAAUGUCGAGUGGCCCAGUAGCUGAGAGCUGGUGUUACACACAGAUCAAAGUAGUGAAAUUCUCCUACAUGUGGACCAUCAAUAACUUUAGCUUUUGCCGGGAGGAAAUGGGUGAAGUCAUUAAAAGUUCAACCUUUUCAUCAGGAGCCAAUGAUAAGCUGAAAUGGUGUUUGCGGGUAAACCCAAAAGGGCUAGAUGAAGAGAGCAAAGAUUACCUGUCACUUUACCUGUUACUGGUCAGCUGUCCAAAGAGUGAAGUUCGAGCAAAAUUCAAAUUCUCUAUCCUGAAUGCCAAGGGAGAAGAAACCAAAGCUAUGGAGAGUCAACGGGCAUAUAGGUUUGUGCAAGGCAAAGACUGGGGAUUCAAAAAAUUCAUCCGUAGAGAUUUUCUCUUGGAUGAGGCCAAUGGGCUUCUCCCUGAUGACAAGCUUACCCUCUUCUGUGAGGUGAGUGUGGUGCAAGAUUCUGUCAACAUUUCUGGCCAGAACACCAUGAAUAUGGUGAAGGUUCCUGAGUGCCGGUUGGCGGAUGAGUUAGGAGGACUGUGGGAGAAUUCCCGGUUCACAGACUGUUGUUUGUGUGUUGCUGGCCAGGAAUUCCAGGCUCACAAAGCUAUCUUAGCAGCUCGUUCUCCAGUUUUUAGUGCCAUGUUUGAACAUGAAAUGGAGGAAAGCAAAAAGAAUCGGGUUGAAAUCAAUGAUGUGGAGCCUGAAGUUUUUAAGGAAAUGAUGUGCUUCAUUUACACGGGGAAGGCUCCGAACCUCGACAAAAUGGCUGAUGAUUUGCUGGCAGCUGCUGACAAGUAUGCCUUGGAGCGUUUAAAGGUCAUGUGUGAGGAUGCCCUCUGCAGUAACCUCUCCGUGGAGAACGCCGCAGAAAUUCUCAUCCUGGCUGACCUCCACAGCGCAGAUCAGUUGAAAACUCAGGCAGUGGAUUUCAUCAACUAUCAUGCUUCGGAUGUCUUGGAGACCUCCGGGUGGAAGUCAAUGGUGGUGUCACAUCCCCACUUGGUGGCUGAGGCGUACCGCUCUCUGGCUUCAGCACAGUGCCCGUUUCUGGGACCCCCACGCAAGCGCCUGAAGCAGUCCUAAGAUCCUGUUGUAAGACUCCGUUUAUUUUCCAGAAGCAGCAGCCACUGUUGCUGCCACAAACCACCAGGUAGACAGCGCAAUCUGUGGAGCUUUUACUCCGUUGUGGGGGGAAAAGACUGCAUCGUGGCCCCGGACUUUUAAAACAGCACUAAAUAAACUUGGGGGAAA